AUGAACGUGAUAACAAUCCCAAAGCCACAUAAAGUGGCUAGCGUUUUGAAGAAACAUAUACCGUUUUCCGAAGAAGAAGAUGAUGACGAUACAAGUACGGUGGCAAUAAAAACGGAAAACGGUACACAAACUAAAUUUGGAAAAGGCAAAGGAAAAUGUAUUUCUAACGGAAUAAUACAAAAAUAUAUAAAGCAAAUAGUACCAACACAAAAACCGAAGAAACGAAAAGUGAAACUGAUGGAUUGGAAAAAAUAUCAUAGAUUGAAUGUCAUAUAUGAAUUCAUAGAUGAACUGGAGAGGGAUUAUCCUGCGAUUUGCACAGUGUCUGUUAUUGGAAAGUCAGUGGAAGGCCGCGACAUCAAAAUGUUGAAAAUAUCAAACAGCGAUGCUAGCAACUCCGCGGUGUGGCUAGACGCAUCAAUACACCCUCGUGAGUGGAUCACCACCGCUGUCGUCACUUACAUAGCCGACAUGAUAGUGAAGAAUUUUCAGAACUUAUCAAACUCCAUCACAAACAAGGAUUGGCACAUAGUUCCAGUGCUGAAUCCAGAUGGCUACGAAUAUACUCACACCCACGACCGCAUGUGGAGGAAAAAUAGAGCUUGUUACAAUGGCGAAUUUGGUGUCGACCUAAAUAGAAACUUCAGUUAUGGCUGGGGAAAUAAUGGUAACGAAGGUUCUUCGGAAGAACCAAAUAACAUAUUUUACAGGGGUCCUGCGCCAUUUUCGGAACCAGAAAGCACAGCUGUGAGAGAUACGAUACUCGGUUCGACGACGCCUUUUAAGGUGUUCCUGUCGUUCCAUAGCUACUUUGAGCUGAUCAUAUUCCCCUGGGGCUUCAAGAAGGAGCCAUGUAAAGACUACUUGCGUUUGCUGGAAGCAGGCACGGCCAUGGCCAGGGCAAUCCAGGAAACUUCUGGUAUGACAUACAGAGUUGGAAGCACAAAGGACUUGACAUACUACGCUUGUGGCACAAGCAUAGAUUGGAGUUACGCCAUCGCAAAAAUACCUUACUCGUAUAUGAUCGAGCUGAGGGGUAGAAAGCACAGAUUCAAACUGCCAAAAGAUCAAAUCACAGGCAACUGCGUUGAAAUUUGGAAUGCAAUCAACUCAUUGAUGAACUAUAUUGAUAACCAUUAG